UGAUUCCAAAAUGCGUCAACUGAGAGCUUCAAUAAAAUCUACGGGAGGCUUGAGGGCGGCGGCCACCGAGCCACGCCCCGCAUAUCCAUUAGCCUCAUCACUCUCACCCUCGCGACGGGCACGAAGCUAUAAAUCCCCUAUAACGCUCACCAGCAUCCCUCAUCUCCCCAACGCCGAAAAGCAACACUGGGUCCGACCGCCAAACUACUUCGCUGUCGUCAUCGGCUGCUUCUCCUUCAUUGCAUGUGGACCCUGAGACCCUGGAUCCUCAGCUCCUGCCGAAAUACUAGCAAACAAACUUGAUGAUCCAUCUUUCUCGGUGUUUGCGACUGUUAUAGUAAGCCUGGUAAGUUGCGAGCACCAGUUCACAUAAACCUGAUGUUCCCGCCCCGCCCACCAACCAGGCUUUGCUAACAACGUUCGUUCCUGCAGUAGUCACAUUGCUGCUUUCACCAUGGCAAACCUUCCUGGGUUCACUACCAAUUUUCCUGCUGGAUAUCCAACAAUCCCACGCGCUUCAAAU